UUUUACUGUUAUUGUUGCUAUUAUUUUAAAGGACUGGAGACUGAUGCAUGAGGGGCCCAAGGAGGCGCAGGAGCGGUGGUGAUGGUGUGGGAAGCGGAGCUGAAGUGCCUGGGCUUUGGUGAGGCGUGACAGUUUAUCAUGACUGUGUUCAGGCAGGAAAACGUGGAUGAUUACUACGACACCGGCGAGGAACUUGGCAGUGGGCAGUUUGCAGUCGUGAAGAAAUGCCGGGAGAAAAGCACUGGUCUACAGUAUGCCGCCAAGUUUAUCAAGAAAAGGAGGACGAAAUCCAGCCGGCGGGGCGUGAGCCGCGAGGACAUCGAGCGGGAGGUCAGCAUACUGAAGGAGAUCCAGCACCCCAACGUCAUCACCCUACAUGAGGUUUAUGAAAACAAGACAGAUGUCAUCCUGAUCUUAGAACUGUGA